AUGUAUAUUAUAGUCCUUAGAAAAAAAAAAUUGUUAGGAUUCACUAAUUUCCCUUUUGGGCGAGAAGUUAUUUUCCAUGUUUUAGACGCAAGUUUAUUUCGUGUUGUUGUUCUUGCCUAUCGAAGCCUUCCCCUUGCUGCAAACGUCUACAGUUGUCUAAACUCUACGUCUACUAUUGAAAAUACAAAGUGGGAGAUGUGUGCGAGUCAUGUUUCUGAUCCGGGCAUGUUGAUGGUUUUCUCAAUCCGCAAUAGCCAUGAUCCGCAAGAAAUGGAAUACGCCAUCACAAAUUUUAAGCAGUAUAUUAAAAGAAAUUUGGUUGAUCUUACUCACGUUGAAGACUACUGUACAUCUCUAAUAUUAGUUUUUAAUGAUUGUCGAGAUCUGUGUGUGUUGGCGUUUAGCACACUAUGUCACUUGAUUAAGAGAGUAAGUAUUCAGGAUCCAAAAGUUUUAUCCGGCGUUUACAAUUCUGUCAUACCUUUCUUGUUAGAGAGGUUAGUGGAGACAAAGGAUUCUAUCAGACUAACUGCAUUAAAGUCUAUCAAAACAUGUAUUGAGUCAGCACCCAAUGGUGAAAUAAACCAAAUCAUCCAAUUUUUAGUCGGCGAUGGGAUGAAAGACGAGUAUAUUCAAGGUCCAGUUUUAGAUCUACUUUAUCAAAUUACUGAGUCCUCUGCCAAUUUCAAGUUUUCUUUCAAGUACAUAUUGGAUAACAUCAUCCAUAUUUUGAGUUCAGACAAUGAAGAUGUUGUCCACAAAGUUAACCAAUUACUUGUGUUGUAUUUCACACGUAUAAACCCUACCAAUAAUACAGCUAGAAGCGAUCUAGUAAAUUCAUUGGUUGAAGAAAAAAUAGAUCCUAAUGUGGUCUCUAUAUUACUAAAUUCUAUUGAUGCUACUCUAUUCAAUAAAUACCUCAGUCAGCUAGACUCGAGUGAACCUGAUAUCCAAGCGAAGGCUCAUCUUGAUGAGAUUUUGGACAAAAUUCCAAUGUGGAAUGCUGAUGAUUCUAAUCUUAAACCACUAGACUUUGACAGAGAUAGCUCAAAGGCUGCAUAUGAAAAUAUGUUGAGCAAUUUUCAAACACACUUUGAAGGCAAAGAAUCUGAGAGGAAUUGGAAGCAGAGACAGGAAUUAAUUAUUAAAUUGCGGGAAAUUCUUCGUGGGGGGAAUUUAUUGCAAGAUUAUUCAAUUGAAAACUAUUUAUACUUGAUCAAAGAGGUAAAGGAAUGUAUAUGCAAAGGAAUGCUAUCCCUAAGGACUAGUCUAUCAAACAAUUCAUGUCAACUAGUGAAAGAUUUGGGUUUGUUUAUUGGAGCAUAUUUAGAUUUUUCACUCGUUGAAACUUUUUUAAAUUCAUUGAUUAAACUCACAUCUGCUAGAAAAAUAAUACAGCAUCAGAAUGCAAAUGUUGCUAUAAUCGCUUUGCUACUGUACACAAGUCUCAACCCCAAAAUUUUUAAUAUGCUAAUAGCAACUUCACAGGAUAAAAACAUCCAGCCAAGAGUUUAUACGGGUAAUUGGGUCCAACUUUUAAUCUUGAAAAAUUAUGAUCCUCAAGAUAAAGAACUUUUGCACUAUAUCGUCGAUUCCUUAGAGAGCGUAAUUAUCAGAGGUCUUUCUGAUCCGUUACCACUAGUCAAAGAUGCAAUGCGAAAUUCAUUUUGGACUUUAUGCGAGUUAGAGCCAAGAUAUGAAAGCAAAUUCAUGAGAAAAUUAGAUCCACAGACAGUAAAAGGCCUUGAAAGAGCAAAGAGUAUGUAUUCCUCUACGAUCAAGAAGCUUAUAGCACCAGUAAAGCCAAUGCGGCCCUUAAAAAAUCUACAUCGGCAAAAUGCUCUUCCAAAUUUAUCUUACGAGCCUGUUAGAAAACUUCAGCGCAGUGAAUCCUUACAUGAAAAUAGGAAAACUGAACCAGAAAAGAAACAGAUUAGAAAUCAUACUAUUGGUUCUGAUGUAUCAAAAAUUGAGAAGCUAGAAACUAUUAUCGGCGUCGAGCGUGAGCGUGAGCGUGAUGAAAUGGAAGAUUUUACCGGCCGAUUGAAGAGGGAAAAUGUUAUUUAUGAAGAGUUGACAUCUGAUUCAAAAAGUCUUCAAAAAAGUGGGUUUGAGAAACUAUUGAAAGAAAGCGAUUCUUCAUCAAUCACUAUCAAAUUUCAUAAUGCGCUGAACAGUUUAACUAUUACUAAUCACGAGUUAUUUGAUGUAAUUUUUCAGAAGGAUAGUUACUUUAAAAAGAUAUCCAGCUACAUUUCCACCGAUAAUGUUUUGAGACUUUUUUGCAUGUAUUAUGCGAGUCAUCCAGAUACACCAAUUGAGUUUAUAAUCGAUGGGUUAUCAAUAGAAGAUUUAUGCUUGUCGUCUAUCAAGAUUAUUGACUAUGCUACUGAUACAUCGAAAAUCAAUAAUAUCAACUUAUCUAUCCAAUUUAUCAAGAAUAAGUAUAGGAUGAUCAACUCAAUACUGAAAUUGUUGGAGAAACUAUUGACUUUUAAAAAGGACCAAAUCAAGUCAUAUUUACUUGCUAGCAUCUUUGAAUGUUUAAUCAGUAGUUAUUCGAUAAUCCAAGCAGAUGAGGCAUUUAAAGCGCAAUAUAUCAUAAUAUUCGAACUGUGUUUGAAUGAAUACCCUGAUUUAUUUCUACGUGCUUUAGACGAAACGACAGAUGAAAUUAACAAGGUGGAAAUUUCCAAAGAACUGAAGAUUCUGACAAAUGAAGAUGAUGGAAGCACCUCUAUGUUUUCUAAUGAUGAUAAACUGUUGUCUCCAAUUAAAGUCAAUGGCGAAGAACUUGGUGAAAACUUAGACGAAAUGACCAGAGUUGUUCCCAGGAUUAGGCAUGAUGGGCCAGUGCCUUUAAUUCAGACAGAUAUGACUAUGAUUUUGCCAAAGUCAAAGGGACAUGGAUUGUUUGAUAUGAAAAGUGAUGAAAUCAUGGGAUCUGAUAUUUUUGUCGAUGAAGGAACAGACUAUGAGAAUAAAGAGAAUGAAAAUCCAAGAGAUGCGAUGGAUUAUUCGAAAUCAGACUCAUUUGUAGAUGAGAAAGGGCUACAACAACAACAACAACAACAACAACAACAACAACAGCAGCAGCAACAACAACAACAGCAACAACAACUAAUCGAUGAAAGUGAAAUCGAAAGUACCGGUACAGCUCAAAAUGAUCAAACAAUGCAUGAUGUUAAGGGAAGCGAAGAAGAACAAGAAGUUCCUUCUGUUGUUGAUAUUACAGAUAACGACAACGUGAAUCAAGAAGAAUCACCAUAUCCUCUGGAUGAAAUAAUUGAGGAAGGAUCAAAUAUAUCGAUUAUCAUGAAAGAAGAUAAAGUUAUGAGCGAUUCAACACCUGACAUAAACAUGCUUACCAUUGAAGAUUUUGGAGAUACUAAAAUUGAUGGGCACCUUGGAGUUGUCCUAGCGGAACUACUGGAGGCCAGUCCUGCAGAAUUUCAAGGUUUAGAUAACUUAGAAACCUAUCAAGAUUUUGUCAACUUAUUUCAUAGUAUUGAAAGAUUGGACAAGGUUGAUGUAUACAACCAAAUGGUAGUGAAUAUUGAGAAAGAAACUUUUAUUGUUGAGAGUCUAUCUCUAAUUAGAUAUAAUGGAUACAUUGAACAUGGCAUCAUUGAUGCACUCGACAAAAUAGUUCAUAUUCCAGAGUUUGUAUGUUUUGAUGAGAUCAUCAGUAUGUUUGAUGUGAAGACACUUGUUUCGUUCAAAUUCAAUAAGAAAAGCGACAGAUUACAAGAGAUGAUAUUGAAGUCAAUACUGGACAAACUGGAACAGAUUGACUGUGAGGACGUAUUCAUGAUUGGGACGUUUCUGAAAAGAUACGUUGAACAUGCGGACUCUUUUAUCAGAAUGUACUCGACGUUGAUAUUUGAAAGACUUUAUCAUUUCCAUUCUAACCAUAAGGUUGACAAAAACGGUGUUGAGUUGGUUGACGAACUAUUAGUCAAAGACAUGGGGGACCAUUUGAUCAGAUAUUGCAAUAUAUAA